AGCUUCAUCACAUGGGCAGGUGUAUCUGCGAAAAGGGAGUGAGGAGAGUGUGUCUUGUGGACACAGGAGACCUCGAAAAACUGGAGAACCACCAAGGGAGCGGCACCAGAGGCUCUUGGUGUUGCCAGGCAGAGUCCUGAGGGCUGGUGUGCAGGCAAGAAGAAGACAAAGAUGUUUUUCCGCAUCCCUCGAUUGACCCCUGGAUACAUUAGAUACCUCCAGACUCAGGCGGCACAGACGGUGCUGCAGAGCCGGGACGGCCCCGUGAUGCCUCGCCUGGCUUUCCUGCUGGGAUUCAUGGGGGUCGGCGUGUCCGGAUACAGCUCCCGCCAACUGAUGCUGCACUACAAGCCGGCCAGUCGCCUCUUCAGAUAAAAUGGACGACCUGGGACACACGCAGUUGACGGCAGUAAUGUCACCGUGUUUUGUUGUUUUAGCUAAGUUCGAUUUUUGAGUCAAUAUUGUCACCUUUAGGCCAGUAUGGCGUUGUGUUUUGUUGGUACUUUUUCUUACUGUCUGGUGUGCUUUUCUAAACUUCCAAUUUCUCCUUGACUGGCAGUGUACUAAAGCACACAGACAAUGGAUUGCCUAAGCCAUUUAUUCUCAAACUGUGGUACGGGUACCACUGGUGGUACGCAGGCUCCAUUUAGUGGUAAACGGGAACAUCAGAUUUUUUAAAAAGGGAAAAUAUAUACAAAAAAUAAGUAUGAAAUAAUAGUACAAAUGCAAUGUUUGUAAACCAAAAUUGCACCUGCAAGUACAAGCACGUGUUCAAACCCCACUUGAGCCUACCGCUGAAAUUAGCCUCCUGUAUUAGUUAUACAGUAAUUGUUUACUUAAUUUUUUUUAAUCUACAGCGGCAUCUGCUGGAGCCGUUGUGGCACUACAUCCAUUUUCCCCCAAAGCAGAAUUGCACUUGUUUAGUCUUGCAGCAGCUGCUACUUUGCACUUUAUUUGCACAAGGAACCUGCACAUGACGUUGUACAUAUCACUUUGAAGCUGAAUGAGAUUAGUAGAACGUGACAGGAGAUGCUUCCAGUUUGUACUGUGAGCUGGACUGGGCGACAUUCAGCUGAAACACACUGGAUCUCGCCCAGUUGCAAACCAGUGUCACACCAGACAAACGUAGUCAAAUGAGUAGGAGUUGUUUGUCCUGUGUUGUGUCCUAUUGGAGGCUUUGUACAACUUCGACAGCAUAUGAAUGUAUCAGAGACAAAGAAUGUAAAUUAGCAGUAAAUAUGGCAUCCUGGCUCUAUCAAAAAAACACAGUAUGAGUGCGCAAGCGAGAGAUUAGCAAGAAAGGAGGUCAGUGCGAGCCAAGUGAUACCAUCGUCCCUUACAGAUCCUCUUAGGAAAAUUUUUUUUUAGAGCAGAUUACAUGUGUUAAGGGUCACUGACCCUGAAAUGGAGACAGGCGCUGCUUGUGACGCAGCAAAAAGUCAAUGUUGUGAUUGUGCUUAUUUAGCUGCUGUGGCUAUCUAACCACUGAUUUUGUUCUUUGAAGAAAUUUGGUGCAAAAACUAAUGCACUGGCUACAGGCAAUUACCUGGAAAUUUGGUGUAAAUCAAGCAAACUCUAUUAAAAUGAAAAAACAGGCGUAAGAAUGAACAUUUUACUGUGAUAAGCAGGCCAUUUAAAAUUACACUGAACAAAAAAAUUGCUAAAUUUAAACUGUAAACUCACGUGAAUCCUCAUACAUUACUUGAAAAACUUUUAAUGCUUUUAAAUCAAAGAGUUUUAUGAACAUAAUAUGCCCUGGUGUUAAAAUGAUAAAAUAUUGUUGACAGGAACAGGAAAGUCGGCACAAAUCAAGGAAAUUUCUCCAAAAAUAAAACAUAACAAAAGGAACUUCUUGUAACAAGAGCUGAAUCUUUCAACUAGUCUGCUGUGCGUUUGUGUUGCUGAGAUUUGAAUACAGCUGAGACAAAAAUGUUCCCUUGGUAUUACUGGUAUGAUUGUACCGUACCGUUAUGAUAAGGUGUGUGUCCUGUUUGAACACACUGUAUGCUUUAAGACAGAUAAGAAAUGUAAGAUAUUUGAUUCUUUAUUCCGUAUGGGGAAGCAUAUUUACCAAAAAAAAAAGGAUACAAAUGUUGUGUCUGUUCAGUAACAACAACCUAAGAUUUGCACAUUUGCACAAUUCCGCCUAACAAAAAGGGAGGUACACGUAAAAAGGUUUGCGAAAUGCAGCAAAAAUGGUGGUAUUGAACUGUACAUUCACCACAAGCAAACACAGCUGUACUUGAUGUAUUUAAAUGAAUGAAUAAAUAAAAUUAUGAAGUCGCCCA